CCUCUAACAACAACAAAAAGCCUGCGUGUUAUCCAGUUCGUACACAACGAUGGACAACCUAAGACUAACUAACAAGCAGCAGUGGUCCACCGAGGAGACGAGCUACCUACUGGGAAUCUGGUCUUCGGAAGAGGUUCAAAGGAAGCUGGAGGGGACCACGCGGUCCAAAGCAAUUCUACAAGAAUUGCAGCAAGACAUGGCAACCGCUGGGUUUGACCGUUCAGUUGAGCAGAUUGCCAACAAAUUGAAGAAGGUGAAGAAGGAUUAUCGGGACCAAAAGCGAGACCUCGGACGGAGUGGCAGCGGUCGUCCUAAAGCAAGUCCACAUUAUGAGUUGCUAGACUCGGUCCUCGGAGACAGACCGACGAGUGGUUAUGGAUCGACGGUUAACUCGCUUUCUCUCUCGUCAAUUGUGUCGCAGGUCGAGUCGCUGAAUGUGCAGAGCUCAUUUGCCGACAUAUCUAGUUUGGAGCGUACUCUGUCGGAAACGCCACUACCGUCGGCCUGCAGCUCGCCCAUGCGGAUGGAAGGGUCUCCUCUUACGGCAAGCAGCUCUUCCCAGGAAUGUCUGGUGAACCCUAUCCAGCCAGCGGGCCGAAACAAACAGGUUAAAAGGAAGCGGGAUUCGUCAUCUGGCCUUCUGAGUUAUAUGGAGAAAAGUGACGUGAGGGAUGAAAGGCUACUGGAGCAGGGCCAGGCGAUGCUUCAGGAGGUGCUUCAGGAGGUGCAUACUGCCAGUACUGCCAAUGCUGACUUCCUAAAGGUGUUCAGCAAAAUUGAGGAGAACAGCCACUCAAUGCUUGGCUUGGUAGACAGGAUUGUGAAGGUGAUGGAGACCAACAAGCACUGACUUUAUUUUUUUUAAUUUUAUGUAAAUAGUUCCUACUUUUUUUUGUUCAUACCUUUUUUUUUUACACACAUUCUUGUUUUUUCCACAUUAUUAUAGUGUAUAUAAAGUAUAUUCUCCACACUUUUUUUGAAUAAAUCUUGUUUAUAUACGAAUAUUGUCCAUACUUGUCUUUGAUUUGUAUAUAAAAUACACAAAAGUCCUAUGUCUGAUAUUAUAGUUUCAUAUAAUCUUACUUACAAUUAUCCCCCCCAUGCACUACACAAUAGUCUUGAAUUUUCAUAUAUUACAUAUAUGCUACAUUCUCUUAUUUCUUAUUUCAAUGAUAUAAAAGGCAAACAUAUCUCGAUGCAAAGUGUAAGCUGCUCUGCUUUUCUUUACAUUUAAAUGAGUAUUAUAGAUUGAAAUUGGACAAUUCAAACAUUAUGACUUAGCUCAUAGCAAACAAAUGUAGCUCAUACUGGAUUUUACGUAAACUCAAUACUUUGUUUUUCACAAUGUAUAUACAUUACCAGAACUAAAGCAAGCUCAAUUUUUACAUUUUGAUGUUCCAAAUGUUUCUGUAUUGCACACAAAUACACAUAAAAAUACUAAACUCAUUUUUGGGAG